AUGCAUCUUAACCUUGUUUCAACCGAUCCGCAGAAUCCCAAAGAUUACUUCGUCCUACUUCGGACAGAGACACUGGAAUGUUAUUCCAAUGCCGCAGAGGCUGAGCGUGCUUCACGACGAAGUAAUCUGCAACUACAGCUGCGAAAUUGUAUCCUCAUUCAGUCACUCAAAAAGGAGAAGGUGAAGCACGGAUUUUCACUGUUGAUAGUUCCAGAUGGGAUGUACGUGAUGAGCGCGGUAUCCGAGACGGAGAAGACCUCGUGGCUGAACGAGAUUCGUGACACCAUCGCUUGUCAAGUCAAAGGAGAUAUGGAAAUGAUGAACGAGCCAAUGAAUCCGGGAACGGAGAGAAAACGAAAGAAAUCGUUCAGUGGCAGUAACGAGAAGUCCGGGCAUCGUUUGCGGCUCCACCGCAACCGGAAAAAAGAUACCAGUAGUUCGGUUGACGAUUUGGAACGGUUUAAUAGUACCAGUGAUUUGGAUAGUUCCACAUUUCAACAAUUCCGAAAUCUUCGUUCGAACAGUCCGCAUCUUGGUGCAAAAAUCACGAACAGUGUGAUCAGUUUGCAAGAUAGACGCUCGAGGGGAUCGGAUUUCGUAACCGGUGGAAGUCGAGUCAAUAUGCAACCAUCCAGUGUAGAUCUACGCUCCGGACACAGGAGAUCGGAACCGACGGAAAACGAGGCGCGCAAACUUAUCCAAAGUCCACAAAUCCAGCGACCAGGCAGCACCUCACGA